CGCGGACUUCCAAUGGAUGCCCCUUCCCCCGACUGGUCGAUUGUCGAAACCGCAUUGCAACGUGCUCAUGGCACAAUUGCGGGAUUACUUGCACACUGCAGUACCAGCUUCGUUGAUGGAUGUCGGAGUAGAUGUUGUCGACCUUCACGCCUACGUUGCGAAGAUCGAUCGCGAAUUCAAGACACGACGGUACGACGACAUCGACGCGCCAUUGUUGUACAUACGCAUUCAGAUCGGAGAGGCGACCUGCAUCGCUUUGAUCGAUUGCGGAGCUACUCGUAACCAUAUGAGCCAAGACUUUCUGGCUCGUGAUUUCGACGCAUCAUGUGAACAGACGUUGCCAAGUGAGAAGGUACUGUGUAGCAGUUUUGACAGCCCUUGCUCGACCAGAGAGGGAGAAUUCAAGGAUCUUGGAGCUGGAUAUACACUUAAUGGUGGCACCGAUGGUGAUCGUGUGAAGCCACGGAAGCUAGCAGCAGUUGCAAGGUUGCUGCGAUGUGCUGUUGAGAAGGCAACAUCUCGAGUGAGAUCUUUGCAGACAGUUGCGAUGAACAUGCGGCGACUUGAUGGGACAUGUGGCAGCAAUCCCUUGGAGAUUGCCAGCAAAGAAGAAUCAUGCCAACAUGGUGAAAGAGAGAAGAGCUGUGAACACAAAGGAAUCGAAGGGAGUGGGAUGAAUGAGAUGGUUGAGAAAGAGUCUGAGAAUCAGAUAGUGUCCUUAGGAGGAGGAGGGGGAGGUGGAGGUGGAGGCGGAGCAAAUGACUACCUCACGCCCGAGCAAUGUCGGAAGGGGAGCAUUUAUGCAGAAAGCCAGUGGAAGAGUGGGGAUGGUGAGAUGAGUAAGACGGUGAUUAGAUUGCAGAGAGAGGUGAUAGGGGAGGAUGUGAAGGAAAGGGCAAGGACAGUGGGCCAACUGUUUGAGUGGCCAGUCUCCCCUUUGGAAUUGGAUGAGAGCAGUCCAGAGAAAAACGGUGGUCACAGUACACGUCGGGAAUCCACAUCAUCAGUGACGAGGUCGACAUCCACCCCCGAGUCAGGGACGACAUUUGAAGCUACAACGCUUGCAUCUGUUGGAUCGAAAUUUGUUUCAAGCACAAAGAUUAUAUUGGAUUCAGAAAAUGGACGAGGAGAGUCACUAGAAAUGCAAAUGGUUGACGCCAUGUCAGGAGAGACGAUGACAGCAGGUGCAACACGGACACGGGCAUGGCAGGAAAUGAGGUUGAUGCAUACAGAGUAUGGGGAGAGUCCAGCAGCAGGAUCGUCGGUGAUGUCGAUUGCCUUUGAGCAGGCUUCCGAGAGGAGAGAAAGCAUCAUUGCAUAUGAUCCUGAAACAGCAAAUGGUCAAGCAAAAACAGGAUGCAAAUGCAGAUGUGGAGAGACGGGUUCAAAUGAAGGGGCAUCUACAGUAAUGGAUGGAUGGCUGCUGGCUGAGCUGGAGAGAAUAGCUCCUAUGGUAGGUUGUUGCUUCAGCACUAGUUCUCUCUUGGUUCACUCAGCAUCUGAAGCUUCAUUCCUUUCCAGUCAUGAUUGCUUCUGUUAUGUUGCUCUAUCUAUCGAGUUAACCUGCAUGGGUCUGACAGGGUAGUUGUUUUAUGUCCUUUACUUGGCGAUUGGUGGACCUCGGCCAGCAGCUGACCCCGAUUUCUGCAUCCAAAUAAAUACACCUUCAUGAU